AUGUUUGCCGUCGAUGCUGAUUGGAUGCGGGGAAAUCCAGGUGGGGGUGAAGCCGGACGAGGGCCACCCCCGCCCCCGCCACGUUCUGCCCCCCGUCAGCAUCCAUCCGUGUUCUUCUCAUACACACACACUGUGCCAACUGUCUCCGGCGCGGUACUUCUUCCCCGGAUGGAGAUAUCUGCGACAGUCCCGAGAGGACAUGAUGAAGGUUAUUACCCAAUAACCCAGGGCUACAGCGGCAACAGUCUCAGAUUCACAAUCAUGGACUACGAAAACGAUCCAGGAUGGAGAUAUCUGCGACAGUCCCGAGAGGACAUGAUGAAGGAUCAAAGCAAAGCGUACGACUCGAAGAAAAACUGUUGGGUUCCAGAUGAGGAGGAAGGCUAUGUCGAGGCUGUUAUUGUCAAAACAGAGGGUAAUAUGGUUACCGUAACAGUUGGAAUGGGUAGUGAGAAAAAAUUCAAGAAGGAGAUGAUUCAAGAGAUGAACCCGCCGAAAUUCGAAAAAACCGAGGAUAUGUCGAAUCUGACAUUCCUUAACGACGCUUCUGUACUGCAUAAUCUUCGAGCCCGAUACUCAUCUAUGCUUAUUUAUGUUAGUUUUAAUGCAUCUCUCUAUCACAUGCUGGCAACCUGCCAAUAAUU